AUGAAGUUUCUAUUCUUGUAUAUGAAUACCACCUUUUGGAGGCGUUGCCAGCUGGGGAUCUGGUUUUCUUCUCCUAAUAUCCCGAUUCCUCUCAAGGUCAAGGGUUCUUUCAAAAUCUGCAAUUUGAUGGAGAUGAAGGAGAUGGAAAUCACCACCGAUGAUGAAAAGACGACAUCCUUAAAAGCGAGUAUUCUCUCCAAAUAUGACGAAGUCUUUCACGCUCAUACUUCAGAUAUAAAAAAGGUGAAUGAGAAGAUAACGGUUAACUGUGAGAAGUUUCUUCAAUACUAUGAAGAUAGCUGUUCGCAAAUGGAAGCCUCAAUUAAAUCUCUGCAACAACAAGAACAUGAAAUAACAAAAAAAGAACUCAAGAUUCAAAAGGCAAAAUCAAAACAAGAACUCAAGAAGAGAGUGCGAGAAAGAUUGUCAUCCUGCAAACAACUGUUGAACGAAAGCUGCACUUCUAAGAGACUAUUGGAGGGUGUAACGGAUGAACUGGUGAUCCUUCGAAAGAGAAGAGCUGAACUGGAAUCCCAACUGAAAGCUGAAAACUAUGAGAGUCUAGAAAGUGAGAUUACACAACUUGAAACUGCAUUACAGGCUAUACAAGAUGAUGACUGUAUAGACCUUCAAGAACAGAUGAAGAUUUUACAGACCAAAUUGAUACAGAAGAAUGAACAAAUUGAAGAAAAGAAACACCAGGAAAACUUUUUUCGUUCAGCUAUAGAGGCAAAAAAUGAGGAAUUGCAAGAAGCUCGUUGGGAACUUAUUGAUGGUUUGAAGACGUACCCAAUCGGUGGUGUCAUAGGAACGAAGAGAAUGGGGUUGGUGGAUUCAAACCCGUUCUUUGUUGGAUGCACUUCCAGUGAAAAGAAGAAGGAGAGUGCAACGAAGUUCGCAUCACUGUGCAAGCAUCUGAUUGAAGAUCCAAAUUGGCAUCCGUUUACAAGGAAGAGCGAUGGAUCUGAGAUUAUCAAUGAAGAAGAUGGGAAGAUGGUUAUUUUGAAGUCGGAAUGCAGUGAUGAACAGUAUCGUGCUGUUGUAACAGCGUUGGUAGAGAGGAAUCGGUAUCACAAGAAUGGGAGGAAUUUGAUGGAAGAGGUAUGGAAUUACAGGGAGAAUAGGGAAGCCACUUUGAUAGAAGGCAUUGAUCACAUUCUUAAAGAAUGGAAGAUUCAAAAGCAGCGGAAAAGGUAGGUAGUGAAGCUUAAUCUGCAUGUUCUUAAUCCUUUACUUGGUUUUCUUAGAUUUGGCUAAAAUAUUAAUUAAAGCGACUGUCUUAUGGAUAUGAUUAUAUAUUAGUAAAUGUUAUGGAUGAAUUGGAGACCUUUAGAUUUGGCUGAAA